GUGGAGCACAACGUCGAAAGCAGCCAAUGGAAGGCCAGGAGGCGGGGCGCUUGUGGGAGCCGUGAAGGGAACUUUCCCAGUCCCCGAGGCGGAUCGGUUCUUGUUGCAUCCAUGGAGCGAGCUGAGGGCUCGAGUACAGAACCUGCUAAGGCCAUCAGACCUAUCGAUCGGAAGUCAGUCCACCAGAUUUGCUCUGGGCAGGUGGUACUGAGUCUAAGCACUGCAGUGAAGGAGUUAGUAGAAAACAGUCUGGAUGCUGGUGCCACUAAUAUUGAUCUAAAGCUUAAGGACUAUGGAGUGGAUCUCAUUGAAGUUUCAGACAAUGGAUGUGGGGUAGAAGAAGAAAACUUUGAAGGCUUAACUCUGAAACAUUACACAUCGAAGAUUCAGGACUUUGCUGACCUAACUCAGGUUGAAACUUUUGGCUUUCGGGGGGAAGCUCUGAGCUCACUUUGUGCACUGAGCGAUGUCACCAUUUCUACCUGCCAUGCAUCGGUGAAGGUUGGGACUCGACUGGUGUUUGAUCACAGUGGGAAAAUCAUCCAGAAAACUCCCUAUCCCCGCCCCAAAGGGACAACAGUCAGCGUGCAGCAGUUAUUUUAUACACUACCUGUGCGCCAUAAGGAAUUUCAAAGGAAUAUUAAGAAGGAGUAUGCCAAAAUGGUCCAGGUCUUGCAUGCAUACUGUAUAAUUUCAUCAGGCAUCCGUGUCAGUUGCACCAAUCAGCUUGGACAAGGAAAACGACAGCCUGUGGUAUGCACAGGUGGAAGCCCCAGCAUAAAGGAAAAUAUCGGCUCUGUGUUUGGGCAGAAGCAGUUGCAAAGCCUCAUUCCUUUUGUUCAGCUGCCCCCUAGUGACUCCGUGUGUGAAGAGUACGGUUUGAGCUGUUCCGAUGCUCUGCAUAAUCUGUUUUACAUCUCAGGUUUCAUUUCACAAUGCGCACAUGGAGUUGGAAGGAGUUCAACAGACCGACAGUUUUUCUUUAUCAAUCGGCGGCCUUGUGACCCAGCAAAGGUCUCCAGACUUGUGAAUGAGGUCUACCACAUGUAUAAUCGAAAUCAGUAUCCAUUUGUUGUUCUUAACAUUUCUGUUGAUGCAGAAUGUGUUGAUAUCAAUGUUACUCCAGAUAAAAGGCAAAUUUUACUACAAGAGGAAAAGCUUUUGUUGGCAGUUUUAAAGACCUCUUUGAUAGGAAUGUUUGAUAGUGAUGUCAACAAGCUGAAUGUCAGUCAGCAGCCACUGUUGGAUAUUGGAGGUAACUUAAUGAAAGUGCAUGCUGCGGAUUUGGAAAAGCCCCUGCCAGAACAGCAGGAUAAUUCCCCUUCAUCAAGGACUCGAGAAGAAAAAAGGGACGUGUCCAUUUCCAGAUUGCGAGAGGCCUUUUCUCUUCAUCACACAGCAGAGAGCAAGUCUCACAGCCUGAAGACUCCAGAACCAAGAAGGAGCUCUCCAGGGCAGAAAAGGGGUAUGCCAUCUUUUAGCACUUCAGAUGCCAUCUCUGACAGAGGCUUCCUGGAACCUCAGAAAGAGGUAGCGAGUUCCAGUGAGGGACCCAGUGACCCUGCAGACAGAGCAGAGGUGGAGAAGGACUCUGGGCAUGGCAGCACUUCUAUGGAUUCAGAGGGGUUCAGCAUCCCAGACACAGGCGGUUACUAUAGCAGCAAGUGUGUGGCCAGCUCCCCCGAGGACAGGGGCUCACAGGAAUCUGUGGACUCUCGUGAGAAAGUGCCUGAAACUGACAACCCUUUUUCAGAUGUGGACUGCCGUUUAAACCAGGAAGAUACUGGAUGUAAAUUUAGAGUUUUGCCUCAGCCACGUAAUCUUGCAUCACCAAACACAAAGCGCUUUAAAAAAGAAGAAAUUCUUUCAAAUUCUGACAUUCGUCAAAAGUUAGUAAAUACUCAGAAUGUGUCAGCCUCUCAGGUUGAUGUAGCUGUUAAAAUUGAUAAGAAAGUUGUGCCCCUGGACUUUUCUAUGAGUUCUUUAACCAAACGAAUGAAGCAGUUUCAUCAUAAAGCAAAGCAAAGUGAAGGUGAACAGAAUUAUAGGAAGUUUAGGGCAAAGAUUUGCCCUGGAGAAAAUCAAGCCGCUGAAGAUGAACUAAGAAAAGAGAUAAGUAAAUCGAUGUUUGCAGAAAUGGAAAUCAUUGGCCAGUUUAACCUGGGAUUUAUUAUAACCAAACUGAAUGAGGAUAUCUUCAUAGUGGACCAGCAUGCUACCGAUGAGAAAUAUAACUUUGAGAUGCUGCAGCAGCACACCGUGCUCCAGGGGCAGAGGCUUAUAGUACCUCAGACUCUCAACUUAACUGCUGUUAAUGAAAUCAUUCUGAUAGAAAAUCUGGAAAUAUUUAGAAAGAAUGGCUUUGAUUUUGUUAUCGAUGAAAGCGCUCCAGUCACUCAAAAGGCUAAACUGAUUUCCUUGCCAACUAGUAAAAACUGGACAUUUGGACCUCAGGACAUAGAUGAGCUGAUCUUUAUGCUAAGUGACAGCCCUGGGGUCAUGUGCCGACCUUCCCGAGUCAAGCAGAUGUUUGCCUCCAGAGCCUGUCGAAAAUCUGUGAUGAUUGGGACUGCUCUUAACCCGAGCGAGAUGAAGAAACUGAUCACCCACAUGGGGGAGAUGGACCACCCCUGGAACUGUCCCCAUGGAAGGCCAACCAUGAGACACAUAGCCAACCUGGGUGUCAUUUCUCAGAACUGACCUUAGUCACUGGAUGGAAUUAUCAGUUUUAUUGCAGAUUUUUAUGUUUUGAAAGACAGGGUCUUAACUAACCUUUUAUGUUUUAAAAUGAACCUGCUACUUAAAAAAAUACACAUCAGGCCCAUUUAAAAGUGAUCUUGAGAACCUUUUCAAACCAGAUGGAGCAUUGCUUGCAAAAAUUGUUUUCUGUGUUUUCAUGUGCUCGUAUGUGUGUGUGUCCAGGCAAAAACACAAAAACAAGAGCACUUUGGAAGUUACUCAGGCCUCUACUCUGGCUGGACAUAGUUUAGUCUAUAACUUUCAACCCUUAACGAUAAUUAAAUUUAUCUUCGUUUAAUUUCAUACAUUUAAAAUUAGGGUCCUUUUGGGUUCGUGAUUCUCAGCCCUGAUUCACAUUACAGUUUUAAACAAGGGGAUUCUCUACUCAGCUGGAAGAAAAUAACUGGAUGGGACAGGAGUUACUAUUUUUAAACAUGCGUCUGUGUGGCCAAGGUAGCAAAGUAUGUCCCUGCAGAGGAACAAAAAGAGUUUGAUUUUCCCACCAUUUGAUUCUGUGAUUUGGUUUCCUCAGGGUGUAAACUGUAGAACAUUCUAGUUACUGGCUUUGAAUGCUUCUGGAAAUGUAAGAAUCCCUGUAUGUCUUUCAGAUAGUUUUCAUGGAACCUUGUCCUGUUUGAACUGGUCUAAAAAUGGAAGUGAAGAUGCCCUCUUGGGGGCUGAGAGGUGACAAAUGUGGCUCCCCCUGCUGCCCCCAUCCCUUCCCUGGACUGUGGUCUUCACGGAAGAUGGGGCACCCAUUCCUGGUUUAGAAUUCCUUAGAUGGAGGAGGCAGUACAGUAGUAACUGUGUCAUCGUGGCCAGCACCAUGCCGGCGUGGUCUGCAGGAUCCCAUUUAAGAACUCUGCAGAUUGGGAGCUGUGGCAGGAUGACAGCCCCCAAGAUAGCUGUGUCCGAAUCUCCAGAACUUGUGACCACGCUGCCUCACAUGGCACAAGGGAUUCUGCAGGUGUGACUGAGUGAAGUAUUUUUUUUUUUUUUUGAGACGAAGUUUUGCUUUUGUUGCCCAGGCUGGAGUGCAAUAGUGUGAUCUCGGCUUACUGCAGCCUCUGCCUCCCCAGGUUCAAGUGAUUCUCCCACUUCAGCCUCCCGAGUAGCUGGGAUUACAGCUGCCCACUAUCACACCUGGCUAAUUUUUGUAUUUUUAGUAGAGACAGGGUUUCACUAUGUUGGCCAGGCUGGUCUUGAACUCCUGACCUCAGGUGAUCCGCCCAUCUCAGCCUGCGAAAGUGUUGGGAUUACAGGCGUGAGCCAUUGUGCCUGGCUGAGUUAGGAUCUUGCAAUGCAGAGAUUAUCCUGGAUUGUCUGGUUGAGUCCAGUCCAUUGGGUGAGUCCUUCAAAGGUGGAGAUCUGGCUGGACGCAGUGGUUCAAGCUUGUAAUCCCGGCACUUUGGGAGGCCGAGGCGGGUGGAUCACGAGGUCAAGAGAUCAAGAUCAUCCUGGUCAACAUGGUGAAACCCCGUUUCUACUAAAACAAAAAAUUAGCUGGGCAUGGUGGUGCGUGCCUGUAACCCCAGCUACACAGGAGGCUGAGGCAGGAGAAUUGCCUGAACCCAGGAGGUGGAGGUUGCGGUGAGCCAAGAUCGCGCCAUUUCACUCCAGCCUGGGUAACAAGAGUAAAACUCUGUCUCAAAAAAAAAAAAAAAAAUGGUGGAGACCUUUCCCUGCUGGACAGAGAGAAGCUGCUUUGCUGGUUUUGGAGAUAGAGGGAGGUAUCACCAGUCAACAUUGCAAGCAGCCUCUAGAACAGGGGUCCCAGCACCCCGGCCACAGACCAGUACUGGUCCGUGGCCUGUUAGGAACCAGCCUGCACAGCAUGUGAGUGGUGGGCAAGCCAGCAAAGCUUCAUCUGUAUUUACAGCCACUCCCGUGGCUAGCAUUACCACCUGAGCUCUGUCAGAUAAGUGGUGGGCAUUAGAUUCUCAUAGGAGCACAAAUCCUAUUGUGAACUGCACAUGCAAGGGAUCUAGGUUGGGCGCUCCUUAUGAGAAUCUGAAGGCUGAUGAUCCGUCACUGUCUCCCAUCACCCCCAGAUGAGACUGUCUAGUUGCAGGAAAACAAGCUCAGGGCUCCCACUGAGUCCACAUGGUGAGUUGUAUAAUUAUUUAAUUGUAUGUUACAGUGUAAUAAUAAUAGAAAUAAAGUGCACAAUAAAUGCAAUGUGCUUGAAUCAUCCCGAAACCAUCCCUCACCUACCCCCAUCCGUGGAAAAAUUGUCUUCCAUGAAACGGGUCUCUGGUGCCAGAAAGGUUGGGGACCUCUUCUGGAAAAGAUGGAAAAGGCAAGGAUACGGAUUCUCCCCCGGAGCCUCUGGAAGGAACCAGCAUUGGGGACAAAUUUACGGACUGUAUGAUAAUAAAUUUGUGUUGCUUCAAGCGA